CUGAAACGUCCCUUCAUCACCAAUUCAUCGCAAACUGGUCCUUCAAAGCUUCACGGUUGAAGAGCUGCAUUGAUCAGUAUACUAGUGUCAGCUCCAAUGUCCUUGCAGGUCAACUUAUCUAGCAAAGAGAUCAGCGAGGCAUACCAAAAUGUCGUUGCUGGCAGAAAUAUAGAUUGGGUAAUAUACACAUACGACAAGGGUGGAAAUGACCUCAAAGUGCAGGCCACUGGCAAUGGUGGGCUUCAGGAACUAGAAGAGGAAUUCUCAGAUGGACGAAUGCAGUAUGCGUUCGCACGUGUCAUAGAUCCUAAUAGUAAACUGGCCAAGUUUGUACAAAUCAACUGGUGUGGAGAUGGUGUACCCGAAGCCAAGAAGGGUCUAUUCCACACUCAUUCCAGCGCUGUUGCAAAGUUUCUUCGCGGUUCUCAUGUUGUGAUCAGUGCUCGCAACGAGUCCGAUGUUGCCCCUGCGCUCAUAAUGAAGCGUGUCGAGGCUGCAUCUGGGGCAAAGUACUCAGCGCACAACGAGCAGGCGCGUAAGUUCGAACCGAUCGCCCCUGUAGGUACGAGCUACACGCCUGUUGGGCGCCCCGAUAUCACUGCCAUGCGCAACGCGCAGCCCCCAUCGAGGAAUGUUUCAUCGUCCGCGCCUUCAGCAUCGAGACCGGUUACGACAUCGUCGUUCUCUAAGCCUGCGAUACCCACUGCGCCGCGCCCUGUUGUUGGUAGCGCUGCUUCUGUACGACCUGCUGGUACAGGGAAAGCCCCCGCUGAUGCUUGGGAAGAAGAAGUGCCUUCUGUAUCGGCGCCUUUGCCGCCUCCGCCUGCUGCGUCACGUCCGCCGGCCAUACCCAGCGCUUCAAGGCCUGCUUUUUCUUCUUAUGCUGGCACGACUACUGCACGCUCUACUCCUGUAGCUCCUACUACCUCGCCUGCCGUCCUUUCCUCCAGCGCUCCCGUCAAACCUGCAGAAGAAGAUCGUAUUGCCCCAGUAGGUACCGCGUGGACCCCGGUCAAACUCACACCGGGUAGGCUGAAAAAUCCGUUUGCACAAUUCGAGCAACAGCAGCAAGCUCCUCCACCGCAAGGUAUUGCUGGUGGACCAAAGAAAAUUCCCUGGAGCGAACGCCAACUUCUAGCGAAGAAUCAAGCAAAGCUAGAUGAGCAACGAAGUAAACAGGCUUCGUGGCAAAGCCCCGCAUCUACAGGCUCAAGUAGCAGUCAGACACAGGGAAGGUUUGGUGCCAAAGUUGCUUCUGCAGCUAUAGGUGGUGCAGUUAUCGGUGCGACUGGGGCUGCAUUAGUAAGUGCUACAGAGCCUGAGCCUCGGGCAGAAUUUGCGAUUCCUCCCCCACCGGCUCCCCCUACUUCGACACGUCCGCGAUUUGUGCCGCCUCCGCCUCCCGAGCCAGAACCAGAGCCGGAAGUAGUAGAGGAGGAGGCUGCUCCGCCGCCGCCGCCGCCGCCACCACCACCACCACCACCAUUUGCACCUGCACCCUUGGAAGAAGAGGAAACGGGACCGCCGCCGCCGCCGCCGCCACCUCCACCACCACCACCACCACCACCACCACCACCAUUUGCAUCUGCGCCCAUCGAGUUGGAAGAAGAGGAAGCGGGACCGCCACCGCCGCCAUCACCUCCGCCACCUGUAGCCCAGAUGCAGGCGCUGAGUGUAGAGCCAGAGCCAGAGCCCGCUCCUGCGGGCCAGGGUCUCUGUGCCGUGGUGCUGUAUGAAUACGAGGCUACGGAAGAUAAUGAAAUGAACUUGGAGGAAGGUGAACUUAUUGAGCAGAUCGAACAGAUUGAUGAAGGUUGGUGGAGUGGUGUUAGCCAAGGCGGCGAGAAGAGCGGGUUGUUCCCUGCAAAUUAUGUGGAAAUUGUGGAGCAAUCUGAAGAAGAUGCUCUUCCUCCUCCACCACCACCGCCGCCGCCGCCGCCGCCACCACCGCCAGCUCCGGCAGCGCCGCCUGCUCCCGAACCUGAACCUGAGGUCUCUGCUGCCGACGAGGGCAUUGUAGCAGUAGCUCUUUACGACUAUGAAGCUACCGAGGACAAUGAAAUAUCAUUCCUUGUGGGUGACAGGAUUGUUGAAAUCGAGGCAGUUGGUGAAGGGUGGUGGCAAGGCAAGAACCCACAGGGCGAUAUCGGAAUGUUCCCUGAAAAUUACGUCGAACUACAAGAAUGAGGAAUAGGUGCCAGCGAUUAUGGUCUGUCUUAUAAAUUCUGAGCAACUACAAUUACGUGUAUCAAAUGGUGAAUCGAGC